CAAUUCUAUUCUAUUACGUACAAGCAGGUGCUAGAUUUAUCGCUCAUUUCUUUCGUCUUCCCUAGAAGAGCUGAAAUGUCGAUGUCUAGAAAUAGCAUAUUCGUUUUCUUGGUUUCUCUUCUCGUGUUUGGAGUUGCUGAGGUUUGUAAUGCAAAGCAGCCGCACCCAAAGUUGAAGAUGAACUUUUACGUGACAAAAUGUCCAGAAGCUGAGGUGCUUGUGAGGAACAUCACAUGGAGCAAACUUAAAACUAACCCCGCUUUGGGUGCUAAACUUCUUAGGAUGCAUUUCCACGAUUGUUUUGUCAGGGGUUGCGAUGCUUCUGUAUUGCUGGAUGCAGUGGACAAUACCCAGGCUGAAAAGGAUGCAAGACCUAAUCUAACACUGCAAGGUUUUGUUGAAAUUGAUGAAAUUAAAUCCAAAGUAGAGAAGCUCUGCCCUGGAGUUGUCUCAUGUGCUGAUAUUCUCUCCUUGGCUGCUCGUGAUUCCGUUUCCUUCUUGCCAUUUCUUGAUCAUGAUUCUGAUUCCAUCCCGCCGUUUAAGCCUAUGUGGCCUGUGCUUACUGGAAGAAGAGAUGGCAAUACUUCCCUUGCUUCUGAAACAAACGGAAACGUCCCUUCGCCAUUCUCAAACUUUUCGACCCUCAUGAACGUAUUUGACAGUAAAGGUCUUGACGUUAACGAUCUUGUGGCACUAUCAGGUGGCCAUUCAAUUGGUGUUGCUCGCUGUGGAACAUUCUCUGCUAGACUUUACAACUUCAACGGCACCGGUGAAGCUGAUCCUUCCCUUAAUGCAGCUUACGUUGAAAUCCUAAAAGCUCAAUGUCCCAAUCCAGCCAAUCCUGCCACAACUGUGGAAAUGGAUCCGCAAAGUUCCGUAUCAUUUGAUAGCAAUUACUUCAAAAUCCUUCUCCAGAAGAAGGGUCUAUUCCAAUCCGAUGCUGCACUGCUCACAAAUUUAAGGGCAGCAAUCAGAGUAGCAACGUUACAGAACUCAAAACUGUUCUACAUCAAGUUUGCUGAAUCGAUGGUAAAAAUGGGAAACAUCGGAGUGCUGACAGGAGCUGUUGGAGAAAUCAGGAAGCAAUGUCGCGUAGUGAAUAGUAAAUGAAAAAAGAAGCUAGCCAGCUGAUUGCAAUUCCCUUGGAUACUUAUAUCCCGGGAAAAGUGAUGAUCUUAUCUCAAAAUAAAAAUAUUAUCAAUAAAUUAGACACUGAAGAGCAAAUUAACUCUCCUCUCUUUAUGGUCUUGUACACGCGAAAUCUGUCCAAUGAAAAAUUGUCCAUCCAUUUGUCAAUUGUUCAUAGGGCUUCCAACUAGGGGUGAAAUCGAGUCAAUCGAGCUGAGUAUCUAGGUACUCGAACUCGACUCGAUUGCUAGAGUAUCAAGUUCGAGUUCGAGUUCAAGCUUGGUUG